AUGCGCUCGCUGUGGACGUUAGUGGCACUGGCUUUCUCAGCCAAAGCCAUCAAAACAACAGGAUGUCCUCUUUUGGGACCAGCAUUCCCUGCCCCUACCGCUCUGUCAGUGGAUCCCAUUUUUCGCAGCAAAGCUGAGGAAUUGACCUCAAAGCUCAAUGGUGCCAUUGAGGAUGGAAGUCUACCUGCUAUAUCAUUCGCAGUGCAGGUCUUCAGCAGCGAAGAAGACGAAUCUGCAUUCGGUUUCUACCACACAGAUGGUCCAGUUAAAGUUGGAUCUGUGGGAGUUCGUGAGGUUGACGAGGAUACUAUGUUCCGCAUUGGCAGCAUAUCAAAGCUGUGGACUAUGUUUCUCUUCAUGACCUUGGAAGGAACACGAUACUUCCACGAGCCCGUUUCAAAAUACGUCCCUGAGCUGCGAACAAAUUACAGCUCAGCACAAGCAAAAGAUAAAAUUAAUUAUUUGCAAUGGAGCGACAUGACUAUCGGCGAACUGGCGAGUCACCAAGCGGGCCUUGCAAGAGACUAUGCAUUUGGAGACCUCGGGUUCCAAUCCGAUCUUCUCCAAAGCAUGGGUUUCCCCGCGCUUCCAAAAAACCAGCAACUGACUUGUGGGAGUGAGCACCAAUGCGAUAGGAAUGAUUUUUUCCGUGGCAUUCUAAGAACGUAUCCCUUGACUUCGACCUCACACACACCGAUAUACUCGAACGCAGGAUAUCAAAUUCUUGGCUACGCAUUGGAGUCAAUCGCAAAAGACGACUUUGAAAACAUAUUAAUGGACCGUCUUAUCAAGCCACUCAACUUGACUCGGUCCUGUCUUAAGGUCCCAGAUCCUAGCUUGGCUGUGAUUCCCUACAAUGAGACUUUCAGUUGGUUUAGUUUUGAUAUUGGCGAAGAAGCUCCUGCUGGAGGCAUUUUCUCUUCUGCAAAGGAUAUGGGCACAUUCGGCCGUGCGGUUCUUUCCAGCGCCCUUGUUGACCCUGCCGUGACAAGACGGUGGCUCAAACCGGUAACACACACAUCAUCCCUGCAACAUUCCGUGGGCGCCCCCUGGGAAAUUUAUACGUUUUUGACACCUCGUCGGGUCGACCUGUACACCAAGGCUGGGGACCUUGGACUGUACUCCAGUUCCAUCGGUCUGUCACCAGAUCACAAUGCCGGUUUCACGGUUUUAGUCGCCGGUGGUAACUCUCACGCGAUGACAUCGACAAUCGGGGAGAUGGUUGCCGAUAUUAUGCUUCCCGGACUUGAUGAAGUCGCCAGAGACCAAGCUCUUGGACGCUUUGGGGGUACAUAUGCUUUGACGAGCGGCUCCUCAAAUUCUUCGAUCACCAUCACGGCCGACGACGGGGCUGGCUUGGCAGUCUCAGAAUGGACCAGCAACUCGGUUGACAUGAUUGAGUCUUUGAUGACUUUGCAAAAAGUGACCGAUCGCUCUGCGAUAAGCAUUCGCCUACAGCCUAGCGGUCUUGAGACCCCAGGGCGGAUCUCCUUCUUGGCUGUUAUCUAUACGCUUGAUGUCUCGGAAGAGGCUGGGCCCAUUAUUGGAUCCUGCUUUUCGUGGAUUCUGCUCGAGUCCCUGGUGUAUGGCAACGUCGGUCUCCCAGAGUUUGAGUUCGCCCUGAAUCAUGAUGGGAAUGCGACGAGCUUAUCCCCUCGGGCGUUGCGCGUUACUCUUCCUAGAGUUUAA